AUGGCCUAUAACCCCUACAACGGUUCGUACCCAUACCCACCACCAGUCGGAUAUGUCCCACCACCAAUGGGAUAUGCUCCACCAAUUGCUCCAAUUCCAAUGGUUGCUCCAAUGCCAGUUCCAGUUGCACCAAUGAUGGCUGCACCAAUGUAUGGAAUGCCACCACCAGUUGUUGUUAUUGAGGAACCAUAUCAUCAUCAUCAUCACUGGAAUCCAUUCCACCAUCAUCAUCAUUGCUAA